AUGUACAUUUUGAACAAACAUGCGAACAAAAGCGACACAGCAUUACUUUUCGCUAAAUCAAAUCUCGCUCUAAUUAAAAGCAUGAGUAUGCCACGACUGGAAUUACUUGCAAUAUUAACUAGUGCAGAAGCUGCUAAAUUUUGGAAGAAAUAGUUGUACUAUGGUCACAAUAGAAAUAAGUAAAACUGCUUGUUGAUAGAGAUGGAG